CGUCGUGGAGUUGGAAGUUGGUGGGCAAAAAGGUAAACAAACGCGACGCGAAAACACGCGUUCCGUCAACACACAACAUCAGAGCCAGAGCAGACGCGUUGCUUAGAAACCGUACCAGGGUACGACCCCAUAGUUGCUUUGCGAGAUGUUCAAGAAGGAUGCCUCCAUGGCCUUCAGUGAGCUGAGGGUCAUCUCUGAUGCGAAUUCUGUCCCGGUUCCGUACGGUGGCUGUAAGGUUAGGUGUAUCUUGAUGCUGUGCUCAUGGGACAGUUCGCUUUCGCUGGUGACACUGACUGACUUCACAAAGGUGAACGGCUCCCAGUUCAUCAAGGCGUCUGUGCCUGCUGAGCGUGUACGAGCUGUUGAAGAGCUAUGUGGUGCGUAUGGCGGCUUUACUGAGUUCCUCUCGAAGGGGCAACUUGUGCUAUUGAAGUGUACUUUGGUGUGUUCCAAGCCAUUGGAUCGCUACACGUUCCAGUUGGACAGCUUUCAAGUCUUGAACAACAACCCGAUGUCUGUCUUUGGCAUGAGCAAGAAGAUGAAGUCCAAGGUGAAGCUUUUGGUAUCUUCUCUGAGCAGCUUGGGGUAUCUUCAGAUUGUGAAGAAUGGCGACUUUCAAGGCAUACUGGAUAUACUGUCUAGGAAGCGGGAUUCCAUCACGGAGGAUUGUAAUGAGAAUCCUAAGAAGCCCAAGAUUGUCAAGAGUAGUAUCCCAUCUAUCUGCUCGAAUGAAGCGCCCUUUGUGAACCCUCUAUUCGUCCCAGCGGUGAAUAUAACACAGAGCACUACUGAUUCCAUCAAGUUUGAAACUCAGUUCUUGGAAACGCAAGCUGACACGAUAGAGCAGGAUAGUGGUGCUUCAUCCCUGGACAGUGAUAGUGACUGUGACCAUGACGGUGUACAAGAGAGGACCGCCACUGUACAGCACCAUGUAGUACAGGUGGAGACUUCAAACUCCCUAGAGAUGACACCAUCGCAGAAAUUACAACUGUCCAACAGCAAUGAGCUGGUCACAUCGCCCACGGCCAGAAACUCCGGUGAAGAAGUGAUAGACACCGAUCCCUUUGCGAUUGAAAACAUCAUGCUUCACACCGAGUUCAGCCCAGAGGAAGUGUACUACUUCCCAGGUUAUAUCAUUGGCAUCGAUCCAUUCGACAUCGAGCUCUACAACCACCGAUUCCAAGGCGAAAGAACGCUCAAUAAUUUCCAACUCAUCGUGUCGAACCUCCAUGAAAAGCACAAGACCUCGUCAAUCAACAGGAACUGCCUCAGCCUACGCUACGAAGGACAAGAUGUCUACGAUUUCCUAGGAGUUCAGCAAGGCCAGCUGAGUCAAGAAGGUGAUAUCCGAUCUCUAAUGGACAAACUACUACGAAUGCAGCGGCGGUUCACCUUCCGCAUAGCGAGAAGACAUAAGCCCGUCCAUGGAGUUACACUGAGCUAUUGGGUUUGUCUCGAUACAUUGCGAGACAUCCUAGCAUAGACGACCGAGUUGACAAAUACAGCGUGAUGUUGAUGUUUGCGUAAGAAGUGCCCGGUGCAGCGUCCCGGGCGCUCACGGAGAGCGGACGGGCAGCAAAAAAAU